AUGCCUGACGAGAGUAAGCAGGUUGAACUGAAGGAAGAGAGGCCUCUGUCGCAAUAUGUUGUGCUCAAUGCACGAGGCACUCGCAUUACAACGACGCCGACCACUCUGGGUAUCUUGGCGCUUCCUGGUACUUUCUUUGGCUCUUUGGAUUUAGAAUCCGCCGAUAUGGAUGAACUAUUUCUCGAUCAUGAUCCUCAAGCGGUGGGCGAGAUCUUAACUGUUUUUUCCAACAUGCGCUUCAGUACCACCAAUGCGCUUGCAGCUAUACGAGAUGCAUCACUGCGAAACUCGCAUUCAAUGCGCCCAUUGCUGCACUUUCUGGGUUUGGAGUGGAUGCUUGGUUUGCGGUUUCCGUCUCGUUUUGAUGAUUUUGGACGUUGCGAAAGCACCUGCAAGGAGAGGUCCAUCCGUGAAUGCCAGCAUGAGCAUCCUGAUGUUUUGCAGUACCUUGUGGAAUCAGCUGGAAAGCCCUGCUGGUCUCAUUUGCAUCAGAUUGCUCUGGUGGAUGAGCAAGUAGAGCUGUUUGGCUUAGGAGAUGAAGCCUUCCUGGUCGAGCAUGGUGGCUUUAUUCCUCUUGGCGAAGUUAGACUGUUAGAUCAUCCGGCACUGGAAAGUGAAAAGCAACGCUAUUGGCCACAUGCUCCUCAAUCUCGCUUGGUGCUUGACCUUGGAGAGGGCAACGCUGUGUGGCCGACAGGUUUCUCAUUCAACUUCUACAUGCCGGAUUCGCACAUUGCUCAGGAGGAGGUGGUGAUGACGCUGGCCCUCCAGCUCGAGGGUGUUUCCGAGUUUCAAGAAAAGAUCCAGUUCUUGGCAACCGCCUACUUCGAUCUUCGGGGAAGCAAUCCAGGCCACCGCCAUGCAGCGUUUGCCCACUGCAACUAUUCGGUGCAUUUGCCGCUUACACCACAGCGCCGUGGUGCCUUCCGCAUGUUGCGUCUCAGCGCCACAACACAGGACAAGCGGGUGGGGUGCUUGUCACUUCGAAUUUACGGUGAUCUCCUGCAGGAUAUCCCCAAAGAGCUUAUAACCUACCAGAGAGAGUCACAUAUGUUCAGUCCCGAGUACAACAAGUACGAACGGGUUGGCAAAGGCAAAACUCCAUAUCACGGAGUCGAGGAAGUCGAGGAAGUCGAGGUAGCCAGAGUUCUGAAAGGCCUGCUCCUUUUGUUUUGCACACGGUCUUGCAAAGCUGCCACACGAAGUUUGUGCACAGUGACUGUGCGAAGUUUUUGCCAUGCAGCUGACCUCCGUCUGGCAGUUUGCCUUGGUAGGUCUGCGAUGGAUCACCGACCACUUGUCGAGCGUGUAAAGGGUGGAGUGAAACUUUUUGUUGGACGUUUGCCCGUGGAGACCACGACGGACCUCCUGUCUCGGGCCUUUGAAGAUUACGGGGAGGUCUUAGAGGUGUUUCUGAUUGAUGGCCGUGGUGCAUCUGGAGCACGUUGUGCCUUUGUGCGCCUUGCACAUUUGAAGGAUGCUGAACGUGCCAUUGAAGAGAUGCACGAGAAGCGAGUUUUGAUACACGAGCGAGCAGAGCUAGGUCCAAUUCAGGUGGCCUUUGCAAAAGGAGAAGCGACCCGCAUGGGUUUGGAUGCCUCAAAGGAGCAACUGCCAGCACGGUGGCAGGUGCCCAUUACAGCCGGCGCACCCAUCCCUGCAGCAGGGCCGGUUGAGCCUGAAAGCUUGUCAAAAGAGGCUUUGGUGAGUCUUAUCAAGGAGGGCCAACGGUCAGGUGGGCAGCCUUUCAAGCAACAAUGGUGGAGCUAUUGCGACCAAGGGCGAGGUGGUGUGGCUGAUUAUGACCUGAAGCGGCAUCCGGAGAAGUCUCUUCGGCAGUUUUUUGCUGCCUGUCAGGCAGGCGAGUGGGGAGCAAAACCGUGGUUCCGUAGAGCUGUGAAUUGGGCCACCAUGGGAGGCAAACGUUCACGAGGUCGCCGUCGACGUUCAAGUAGCUCGAGCAGCCGAAGCAGCGACAGCAGCCGGAAGAGAAGGAGCCGCAGCGUCUCCAGGUCUGGGCGAACCCGAGGUGAGUCCAAGGCGUCCCGUCUAGAUGCCACGCAGGCCAUUGGCUCCAGAUCUGGCGUGGCUGCUGAUCCUCCACCGCCUCCAGCCGAGGAACCUCCACCAGAGCCUGACUCACAUCCACCACCAAAGGCUAGGCUUCUGUCAUCUGCAGCGGAACGGGACACGGAGUUGGAGGACUUUCUCGCAAAGAAUCGUAUCUCUCCAGCGACGUCUUUCCUCAUGUUGAAGUUGACUCGAGAUCAGGCGUCUUCGGUGAUGUCCAGCGUAUCUGAAGCCUUGGACAAGACAGGGGCUUCUGGCCUCGCAAGGUCAGGCCGUUCUGCUGCGGAGUCUUUAGUGCUCCAAAAGCUCAAGGGCUUGGGUGUUCGUGCACAAUCUGGUGGCUCCUGGACAAGCACAGAGCGUACAGCUUCACCUGUUCCUCCUGCUGCUGACCGCAUCAAGAAGGCUGAGGCCGAGGCAGGCACACGAGAAAGAGAAGGCACGCUUGCUCUGGGCCUAGACCUUCCAAGCGUAGAUGGUUUGCUAGGUCUUGUUGAUCUUGAGAUCGAUGUAGAGGAUAACGAUGGCAAAGAGGAAGACUCUGCAGCAGACUCUGCUCAUGGAGCAAACCACAGUGCACACACAGAGGAGCAAAAGGAAAUACAUGACAUCAAGGAUAGUGCCAGAGGAGAAUCUGUGCCAGAACAGCCUCAAGAGGCUGAUGCAAAGAUGACACCAAGCUCUGCUCGCAAGAAGCUAGGAGGACCUCCAGGUUGCCAGGUGUUUGUGAAGAACCUGGACAAAGCAACGGGCGAGCCAGAAUUGCGGGAUCUCUUCAGCAAGCAUGGCACCGUCCAUGAUGUGGAGAUGGCCACUGAGGAAGGAACCAGUGUCACCAAAGGCUUCGCAAUUGUGCUGAUGUCCAGCAAGAAAGAGGCAAAACAGUGUGUGAAAGCAUUGAAUUUCACAAAACCGCCUGGAGCUGAGUCGCAUCGUUGA